CCGUCACAUCACCCCUCCACCUGCCGCUUCUGCCGCUCCAACGAAAGCAGUGAUAUUUGAAAUCACUCAAUUGGGUCGACUAUCGUUGUCGCUGGUCGAACGGAUCCUCAACCUCGGCAUAAUUUCCCACCGGUCGUUGCCUCGCCAUACCCGACAGGAAUCCUCACCCGCCACCGCCUGUCCCUUAUCAUCCAGUUCGAAAACUAGGGGUUUCUGAAUUGCAACAGACCCUUCACAUACUCACAAUGUCUGCUCGUCCGUUGUCGCAUUGCCUUCGCGCUCGCUGUGUUCCCCGCCGGGCCCAGAACAUCCAGGGUUUCUCGACCCGAAGCAACCUCCGCGGUGACCAUUAUGACCCUCCCACCGGCUAUCUCUUUGGCCUCAAGCCGGGCCAGAAGUACGUGAAGGAAGGCUGGGAGAACCUGUGGUACUAUGGAUUCAUCGGCAGUCUGCUCGUUGCUGGUGUCGCAUAUGUCUUCAAGCCAGACACCUCGAUACAAACAUGGGCACUUGAAGAAGCUCGCCGGCGGCUGGAGGCCGAAGGCAUUCUGGAGGACCCUGACAAGGUCCAGCGCCAGUAGAGCGUUUUGGUCCGGAAAUUUCUUGUACUUUGUACAUAGAGUGGUCGGGCGUGGAAGACAAUUUUCGUUUGAGUGGUGUCGGUAGGCACAUGACGUCCGAUCCUAGACAGGGCUUUUAUUUCAUUUCACUGUUCGCUUCCAUUUUCCUGCGUGUAUCUGUCAUCCGAUAUCCUGGAUUCCUAUCAUUGACGUGUUUGACAAUGUUCCGAAAACGGGAGGUCUAGAUUCUUUUACCUCUAGAUGGAUACAUACGGCAUAUAUUUCGGUCGCCAGCGGUAUUGGCACUGGGUUACUCGGUAUAUUUUCGGUGUUACUCAACAAAAGUCGACAUUGAUUUCUUCGUAUGAAUCACUAUCUACAAAUCUUGUUGGACUACGCUAGGUCAAAUCUAAGGACUAUACUUCUGGG